AUGUACACACCUUCGAGUUUCUCGACUUUUGGAAAAUACGAAGAUGAUAAAUAUGAAUCCGGAGGAGUUUCUGAUUCGAUGUACAGCUCGAUGGGAGGUGAUGUAAAAAGACCUUAUGCUCCGCCAAGACCUCGACAAAAAUUCACAAGCGUCUCUCAAAGCCACUAUGAAAGCGAUUACACGGACGACGGAGAAUUCUACGCAGAAAACGAUCCCUACGCUGGACAUGAACGGCGGGCACACUCGACUAAGCGAACCGACAUGACAGUCCAUGUUGGAAAUCAGCAGAGCUACGACAGGGAGAGUCUAAGAUCGCUCGAAAUAAGAAUCAACCCUGAUAGAGAAAAUUCUAUUUAUGCGAAAGCUUCUCAGCUGAGAACUCACAUGUUUGAAGGGUUCGCAGUCCCUUCGCCUUUUGGCUUCGGGACUAGGUAUAAAAGAGUUAUCAACAAUAGUCAGCACGUGUCAUUUAAUUCAACGAAGAAUGCUUUCUCCCAAACUGUGUCUGAAUCGAAAACCCGAAAACCAGCUCCUCAAACAGGAGGAGCUAUGGUGGCAACCGGAAACUUUAUCAUCAUACUGAUUAUUCUCCUUUUACUAUUGGUUGGAUCAUUAGUCGCCCUAACAUUCAUGACAAUCCGAUACAAAAAAGUACUCGAGAAAGGGCCGAAGAUCACCAAAGAAGUAGUGAACAAGGUCAGAUACAAAACGCUAAUCGAUGAAACCUGCGAGAACAAAGAUUGCAUUCGGACAGCGAACCACAUUGUCUCCAAUAUUGACGCCGCUGUCGACCCGUGUGAGGAUUUUUACGAGUAUGCCUGCGGCGAGUGUGCGGGUGACUACAAAUACUCAGUUUGGACGAAGAUAGAACAAGCUAAUGAAAAGCUGUUACACGAGCUUCUCAUCCAGCCUGGCCCAGAACCAGAAGAGGACAUGGCAAUGGUUCGGAAGGCAAAGCAGCUUUAUGAAGAUUGCCGCCAAGAAAACGAGCUAACUCGAAUUGGGCUCGACCCAUUGGUACUCGAUAUAAUGGCUCUGGGCGGGUGGCAGCCAUUAGGGAACUGGGAUAAGAGUCGCUGGGAUUUUCAGAAACUCUUACUUGAAGUUAUUGGUCUUCAUUCCUCCAGUGCGCUCUUUCUGAUCACGACGAUGAGAGAUCCGAUUUUGACUGACCGAUAUUCCCUGGUUAUCCGCCCUGGUGGUCUCACUUUGCCAGGGCUUAACUUUUACCUUCAAUCCCACACUGAUUCUGGCUACGCUCGGGGCAAUGAAAAAGGACUGGACCAGUACACUAUCGCAUACAGAAAAGCUGUUGACUCGCCAAACCCACGAUGGAAAACCUGUGUUAACGAAGUCGUCAGCCAUUUUCCGCAUACUAUCGGAUACAUGUUCACACAAAAAACCUUCCCAAAAAGUGCGAAAAAUAAUGUCAAGUCAAUUAUCCAGAUGCUGAAAGAUUCAUUUAUUGAAAACCUGAAGAACAUCACCUGGAUGGACCCUCAAUCGAAAAAUUCUACUAUUGAUAAGCUGAACGCGAUCAACUUUAAAAUUGGGUACCCAGAUUUUUAUGACGAGUUUCCUGAGAAACUAGCAAGUCUGGUCGAGUUCGACGUCAUCCCUGGGGAUUAUUACACGAACAUAAGAAGAUCUAACGAACAUCGUGUGAUGCUGAAUAUGAGACGCUUGCAAAGUCCAAUCGGUAAAGAUGACUGGGAGUCGUCGCCUUACACUCGUGAUGCUUACUACGCGGUCCGUGCGAACGAAGUCAUCUUCCCCGCUGGUGUUCUUCAGCCCCCUCUCUACAGUCACAACAGCCCUUCAGCAGUCAACUUUGGAGCAGUUGGAUCACUACUCGCGCAUGAAAUUUUCCACGCAUUUGAUAGCUACGGUGCGGGCUUCGAUGCAGAGGGGAAUUCGAAAAACUUGUGGACCGAUGAUACAACGAAAAAAUUUCAAAUCGAUUCUUCAUGCGUGAAAACUUCGUAUCAAGACUAUCUGCUUGAAACUGAACAGUCAUUUGAAACGCAAGUAUUGCAGACAACCCUUUUCGAGAACCUGGCGGACAUGGGUGGCGUCCACAUAUCGAAAAUGGCCUUCGAUGAGUACAAGCGAAUAAACAACAUAAAAAAUGAGAUCGGUCUGCCAGGAUUGAAUGAGACAACGCAAGACCAGGUGUUUUUCAUCUCCUUUGGGCAAGCUUGGUGCUCAAAAAUGCCGUAUCCAACUUAUUUGGAACUGCAAAUGAGACAGGAUCCUCAUGCGCAAGAAAGAUUUAGGGUGGUUAGUUCGCUGAAACACGCAACGGACUUUUCGGAUGCUUUUAAGUGCCCUGCGGAAUCGCGAAUGAAUGUGCCAGAUGAAAAAAAAUGUCGGAUUUGGGGCUAG